AAUGUUUUCUCGGUAGCAUGGCGAAUACCGUGCAUGGGCAUUCGCCCCUCGCCCUCUCCCCAUGCACCUCCUCUCACCUUGCUCCAGAUACUAUACCCUCUGGGCCACAGAUAUACAGUCCGCCCCAUGAGUAGCUUGCGGAAUACGGCCAUUAACCACCAGAAUAUAUUAAAACCCGUUAGAUUCACGGGGGUAUUACAAUCAUGCCUCUCCCGAAUCUCUUCUCCGUCCCGAACGUUCUCAUCUUCCCUUCCCUCCUCCGCCAGAGCCCCGCGAACUUCUCCUCGCUUGAAUAAACGCGAAGAAGGCGUCCGUUUCAGAGCCCGCGAUCUCUCUGCUCACGAGAUCUCCCAGAUAUUUGGUCCAGAGCUGCAUAUUUCAGUACCGAUGGGCAAUAGGAUUCUUCGAAUCCUCCAAGAACGUCGUAUCACAGGUACCAUCGAUGUUGAUCUCCCAGCCGAUAUUAGUAAGGUUGUCGCAGAGAGUACGAUAUUGACGGGACUAGAGUGGCUGCGAAAAAGGUACCCCAUGGAUGAGGAUGCUGCGAUUCUGAAACGGAUUGAAAGAGAAGAGAUUGCGGAGGAACAGAAGCUCAUCAAACGUGGUCAGGAACUUGGCUUUUACAAGCCGCAGAGCGGGAAAUUCGACAAGCCCAUUGAGAAGGAAGGCGACGUUUACGGAAAGAGUUUUCUUCAGGAACAGCGGGAGGCGAACGAGCGGAGGAAUAGGUUGGAAGAUGAAAAAUGGAGACGAGAUUGGAUGGAAGGCGAGGCGAAGGAUCGGGAAAUACUAAGGCAGAGCAUGCAGAAAAACAUGGAGUUGCAGAAGUUCGAGGAAGCGGCGGUUAUGGAAGCCAAACCUCGUGCGGAUCCGAAUGUUCGUCCUGCUUUGGCGUGGGUGCAACAGCAUCAUGUUCGAGCUACAGCAAAUGAUUGGGAUACCUCAAAACUGUCCAUGGCCCGCAGAAUCCUCCCUUCUCUCUGUAUUACGCUCCUAACAAUAGGCCUCUGCUAUGUCCUCGCUGAAAAUUACGAGCCAGCGCCCCGCCACGAGCGCUUGAUGCCCAAUACACCCCCCGCCGCAGCAACCGUGAUUGGCCUCAUUAGCACCAAUGUUCUCAUCUACGCCAUGUGGCGAGCCGUCCCUCCCGCCUGGCGAAUGCUGAAUCGGUAUUUCAUUAGCGUGCCCUUGUAUCCUUACUCAAUAAGCAUCAUCGGCAGCAUAUUCAGCCACCAGCAAAUCCGACAUCUAGGUGCCAACAUGUUGAUUUUGUGGUUUAUCGGGACGAGACUCCACGAAGAACUCGGCCGCGCUGACUUCCUCUCCCUCUACUUCUCCUCCGGCGCCAUCGCCUCACUAACCUCCCUAGCCGCCCACGUCCUCCAAAAUAAACUAACCGUAACCUCCCUCGGUGCCUCAGGCGCCAUCGCCGGGCUCGUCGCAGCCUGGUGCAUGAUACAUGCAAACGACAAACUCACCAUCGCCCUCCUCCCGCAAUCCUGGCAAGAGACAUUCUCCGCCAACGGCUCGACAUUUCUGGCAGUUAUUGUGCUUGUGGAGAUCGCGUCGUUGGUGAUAUUGCCGUUUCGGAUUCGGAUGCCCGUGAUGGAUCACUGGAGCCAUAUGGGUGGGUAUGCGGCUGGCGCGGUGGCAGGGUGGUUGUGGAAAGGGAGGAGAGAAGAGAGAAGGAAAAGGAGGAAGGAAAAGGAGGGUGAUGGGCUAUGGGGAUGGUUUGGUGGUGGGAGGUAGUUUUAUUAGCGGUGGUGGUGAUUGAGGACAUCUAGUCGCAUAUUUAUUUUGGACUGGCGGGAGUGUCUGUAAUAUUAUUAUUCUAUUGUAUCUUCUGUUUCUUUGUGUAUGAGUACUUAAAGAAUUGCCCGCCCCUUAUUGGCAUCCGGAUUCUCAGCCACAUGUAAUUAUAUAUAUAUAUAUAUAUUUUGUGAAGGUAAUAAAUAAAUGACUUUCUUGUG